CAGAUGGCGUGUGCGCCAGAUGUGCUUUGUCUGGAGAGUAUAUUGAAACAGUCUGCUUUUAAGCUUGACUUUUCCCUACAUACAUACACACAGACACACACACACACACACACACAGAAACCAUUCUUGUUUGAUGGGUUGUGGCAGGAUUUACAUUGUGAAAGAAAGCCAAUUCCCCCUUUUUUUUUGGAGGCUGAUGCAAUAAGGGUAAAUAUUGGCUCCAGCAAUGAGCAAAUCAAACACACAAACCGAUUUGUACUGAAAUGACUCUAAAGACCUGGAUGAUUGCAUACAGACACCACAGACACUCACAGCUACAGGAAGUCUCUGCUCAUUUCAGCUGCUUAUUUGAAGCUGUGUUGAGCACAGUGACUGCUCUCUGAUUUUUUUUUAACACGAGAUUUCAAGACAGCAACAACUGAGUAAACGUGGCUGGAUUGAAUUGAUUGCCUUGUGAAGUAUGCAGGGCUUCAAACAUGAGACUGCUGGGGGCUGCUCAGGACCUGGUGUUGACAGUUUUAAGGUGGCGGAUCUUGAAAUCGAGCUGGUUAAGGCUGGAGCAGAGAAGCCUGACGAGAACACUUUGGGGUUUGGGACUGUGUUUACCGACCACAUGCUGAUGAUAAACUGGUCUGAGCGUGGAGGUUGGGAGAAGCCACACAUACGGCCUUUACAGAACCUCUCUCUGCACCCGGCCGCUUCAGCUCUGCAUUACUCUGUGGAGUUGUUUGAAGGGCUGAAAGCGUAUCGUGGAGUAGACGAUAAGAUUCGACUGUUCAGACCUAUGCUGAACAUGGAGAGGAUGCUGAGGUCAGCCCACAGAACCUGUUUGCCUAGCUUUGAUAAGGAGGAGUUGUUAAAGUGUAUUAUGAAACUGGUGGAAAUAGACAAAGAUUGGGUCCCAAACUCCACAACUACCAGUCUCUACAUUCGCCCGACCUUUAUUGGAACCGAGUCUUCGCUUGGAGUAAAGAAGUCCACCAAAGCCCUACUCUACGUGAUCCUCAGUCCUGCUGCCUGUUACUUUGCGGAAGGCAAUUUAUCUGCUGUGUCACUGUGGGCAGAUCCGAAGUAUGUCCGAGCUUGGCAUGGAGGAACCGGCGACUGUAAAAUGGGAGGGAAUUACGGAGCUUCAAUUUAUGCACAAUACGAAGCGAUCAAUGCAGGUUGUCAGCAAGUUUUGUGGCUGUAUGGAGACGAUCACAAGAUAACUGAGGCCGGCACCAUGAAUCUGUUUGUAUACUGGAUAAACGAGAAUGGAGAGGAAGAGCUUGUUACUCCACCGCUAGAUGGCAUCAUCCUACCUGGAGUCACAAGGCAGUGUCUACUGGAUCUCGGUCACAAGUGGAAUGAAUUCAGGGUCCAGGAGCGAACAAUCACAAUGAACGAGGUCCUUCGCGCAUUGAAGGAAAACCGUGUGAAGGAGAUCUUCGGGUCAGGAACAGCUUGUAGUGUGUGUCCAGUGACUCGAAUCUUAUACAAGGGUGAGAACCUGAUCAUUCCUACAAAGGAGAAUGGACCUGAAUUGGCCAAACGGUUCCUUAAACAUCUUACUGAAAUCCAGUACGGACAAGUGCCAAGUGACUGGACACAGCUGGUGGUGUGACCUACAAGGUGGAAAGUGCAUCAAAACUCGAUGAAGACGCCAAACAGCAAAACUCAGUCGUAUUAGCUAUGAAGCUGUUUGCAAUUCUGUGUCUGUGAACAAGUCAGAGGUUUGUGGGUUACUGUCGGUGUUUAGAAUAAAGUACAGUGGGUUUAGGGUUAUACAUGGUGUAUCUAAUGUACAUUAUGUGUUGUAGUACUUUCUUCUCACUAGGAAUCACUAGCCAAGCAUCUAACAUAGUUUCCAGCAGUGCCAUUGACAUGUGCUGUAUUCUCACCAUUCUUACUCAAUUUUGUUGAUGAGCUUCAGCAAGGUCCAACUCCUAGUUUUCUUGUUAUUCUUUGUGCCUCUGUGUGAUAUUGACUCGCAAGUUCUAUAUAUUUCAUCAUCUUUGACACACUACUCGAAUACCCUACAGCCAAAAAUAUAGAGGAUGUCACUGCCUGUUGAGUCCGUGUGCUUAUCACGCAGUCAGUGACUCUGUAAAAGGAAUAUCUCUAUAUGAAUCAUCAUUGCUGCACUGCUGUUAGACUAGUGAAGCGUUCAAAAUGUGAGAUAAUUUUCCGAACAAAAAAAAAAGAUUACUGUCAGGAAUCGGGGCCAACAUCACAUUAUAUUUUAUGCUCACGCAACCCCCUAAAUGCCUUGAAUCAUAUUGUAUCAGUAAUAGUGACAAAUAAACACUGCUCCAAAGUAGAAUUGUAACUGCGUAUUCGUAGCAGUUGAAAACGUCAAAUGAUAGAUACGUAAAGCGUGAGUUACAAGUCUUGGCGUUCGAGAUAACAUUGUGAUUUGUGAAUGGUUUUAACAAUAACAACAACAACUUGCAUUUAUAUAGUGCCCCUCACACAGGGUAAGGUACCAGAACUUUUGUAUUACACAGCCUUUGAUUUCCCUCUUUGCCCCUUCCCCUCACUUCACGCCUCUAUUUCAUACUUGAUCGAAAAUAAAUGUUCUUGUGGAUAGUUUAGCCGCUGUGAGUGACAGCAUUAAGCACGGUACAUUAAUUGCGAUUCACAUAAUCUGAGACUUUGCAAUAAUAACACAAAACUGUUUAUUGCCGGUCGGCAACAGGGUUUAAUCUUUACACGGUUUAUAUAGAUAUAGUUUUACACUAGAAUAGAUGUUAUGGUAUUUAACGGUGCAUUACUGUAUUACGAUUUGUAUUAUUGAUUGUCUAAUUAACUAUGAAACAAUGUUGUUCAAUAAAACAUGUGUGAU